AUGGUCUUCGGUUCAACCAAAGAGCAGCACCACGGCAAGGAGCAGGGCGAAGUCGCCAAUAUUCCUCCUCAGCUGUCUGAUCUGCAUUGUUUCACCGAGACAGACGGAAUCGUCACUACAACCAUGAUGGAUCUCCCCGGCUACCGCGUAGUCAAAGUCCUCGGCGCCGUCUACGGCAUCACAGUCCGCUCCCGCAACAUCGCCGCAGGCAUCGGCAUGGUCCUCAAGAGCAUGGCUGGCGGCGAGCUAACCUGGUUCACCUCGAUGCUGUACUCGUGCCGCAACGACUCCAUCAGCCGCGUCGUCGAGGAGACCAAGAAGCGAGGGGGAAACGCCAUCAUCUGCCUGCGGUUCGAGACGGGAGACUUGGGAGGGUUCGCGCAGGCGAGCGCGUAUGGGACGGCUUGUGUGGUUGAGAAGAUUGAGGGGGCGAAUGUUGAGGCUUCGCAGCUUGCAACGUAA